AGCAUAGGAGUAGGAACAGCUCACUAUGGGAUCCAAUAUAGAAAAUAUGGACAUGUAUGAGAAGGGGGGUUCUAAGAAGUACUGCAUCAGAGGAAAGCAUGUAGUUGGUAUUAUAGCUGCGGUGGUGGUGGUGGGACUGGCUGUGGGGCUAGGAGUUGGACUUACUUAUCCAGAGCCUUGUAAAAGCACCAAUGGAGAUGUUACCCAGCCACCUAGACCCAGCUCUACUGGACCAUCUGGACCCAGCUCUACUGUACCACCUUUACCACCAUCAGACUCUGAAGUCUGCCCUCCUGAGAUUAAUGAAGAUGGGGACUGGAAAGAGUUCAGACUCCCAAGUUACAUUUAUCCUCUGCACUAUGAAUUGGAGAUCCAGCCUGAGAUGGAUAAAGAUACAUACAAUGGUACCGUGACUAUCCACCUGAAGCUGACUCGCUCAGGUAUCAGGCAUUUGUGGCUACACAUCAGGGAGACCAAGAUCAUAGGAAAGCCCAGGCUGGUAGAUAAAAAUAACCAGGAAAUUCCCAUUAAUCAUUGCUUUGAAUAUAAACGCCAUGAGUAUGUGGUGUUUGAAGCCAACCAAGAACUCCAGACCAAUGCCGCAGAUAAUUCAGAGAGCGAUACCUACCGUCUAACACUGCAAUUUGCAGGACAGUUGAAUGGCACCCUGGUGGGCUUCUACAGGACCACCUACCAAGAAAAUGGAGUGACCAAGAGCAUCGCAGCUACAGACCAUGAGCCAACAGACGCACGCAAGUCAUUCCCAUGUUUUGAUGAACCCAAUAAAAAAGCAACUUACACAAUUUCUAUUAUCCACACACAGGAGUAUAAUGCUCUCUCCAAUAUGCCAGUGCGGGAAACUAUUGCACUUGGAAAUGGAUGGUCUCACACACAUUUCGAAAAAUCUGUGCCUAUGAGUACAUACUUGGUUGCCUUUGCAGUUCACCAGUUCACAUAUGAAGAAAGAAAGUCAAAGCGAGGAAUUCCUCUUAGAAUCUAUGUGCAGCCAGAACAGAAGCAAACAGCAGUAUAUGCGGCUGAAACUACUUUAACUGUGUUUGAUUAUUUUGAAGAAUACUUCAAUAUGAACUAUUCUCUUCCAAAGCUUGACCAACUGGCAAUACCUGAUUUUGGCACUGGAGCCAUGGAAAACUGGGGACUGGUCACAUAUAGGGAGACCAACCUGCUUUACGAUCCUAAUGAAUCUGCCACAGUCAAUAAGCAAAGAGUAGCGGCUGUAAUUGCUCACGAGCUUGUCCAUCAGUGGUUUGGAAACAUAGUGACCAUGGACUGGUGGGAUGACUUGUGGCUUAAUGAAGGUUUCGCCAGCUUCUUUGAGUAUUCUGGAGUGAAUUCGUCAGAACCCGACUGGAACAUGCCUGACCAAAUAUUAAUAGAUGACCUGUUGCCUGUAAUGAGAGAUGAUGCAUUAUUGUCUUCCCACCCAAUUAUUGUCCAAGUAUCCACUCCAGCAGAGAUUACAUCUGUCUUUGAUGCCAUUUCAUAUAACAAGGGAGCUUCCAUUUUAAGAAUGCUUGAAGACUGGAUUACACCAGAGAAAUUCAAGUUAGGUUGUCAGAAUUAUCUCAAGAAAUACCAUUUCCAGAAUGCCAAAACAGAUGACUUCUGGGCUUCCUUGGCUGAGGCAAGUGGACAACCAGUCAAAGAUGUUAUGGAUACAUGGACCAGACAAAUGGGUUACCCAGUUCUCAAUGUAUCUGAUAACGUUGUUAAACAGGAAAGAUUUCUUUUGGAUCCAAAUGCUAAUUCAUCCCAUCCAGAGUCCCCAUUCAAUUACCUGUGGAACAUCCCAGUGACAUAUUAUUCUACUAACAACAAAGACAAGUACAUCAGUAUUUACAACAAAUCAGCAACUUCACUAACCUUGGAACCUUAUAAUAGUAAUAAUGGGUUCUUUAAGAUAAACAAUAUUCAUUAUGGAUUUUUCCGAGUAAAUUAUGAAACAUCAGUAUGGCAUAACCUAUCAGAAUUGUUGCUAAACAAUCAUGAGGUUUUUACGCCAGGAGACAGAGCUGGGUUAAUAGAUGAUGUUUUUGCCCUAGCAAGUGCUGAAAAACAGGAUUACAACAUUUCUCUUGACUUAACGAAAUAUCUUCAUAAAGAGAAAGACUAUCUUCCCUGGGUUAGAGUGAGCUCCGCACUUUCCUAUUUAAAUGAUAUGCUGGAGGAUGAUGAUAACAUCUACCCAAUGUUUCAGGAAUAUUUACAGGCAAAAGUUAUACCAAUUGCAACUGAACUUGGUUGGGCGGAUGAGGGCACUGAUGUGGUGAAGCUUCUCCGAUCUUCAAUACUGGCUCUUGCAUGCAGGGUUGGGGAUCCUGGUGCUUUGAACAAUGCCUUAAACAUUUUCAAUGAAUGGCAAAAAGGCACAAGGAUUCCUGUGAACCUCAGACAGCUGGUGUAUCGGUAUGGGAUGAAGCAGUCUAAUGAUCAGAAAGCUUGGGAUUUCAUGUUUCAGAAGUAUUUAGAAACUCCAUUAGCUCAAGAGAAAGAAAAACUACUACAGGGACUAGCAUCAGCGAACAGCAUCAAGCUUCUGGACAGAUUUCUUAAAACUAUAUAUGACACCAAUCUUAUUAAGAGCCAAGAUGCACUGAACGUAGUGUAUUAUAUAUCUGCAUACAGCAAGCUUGGAAAACAAUUGGCCUGGGACUGGGUCCGGAUUAACUGGGACUUUUUAGUAAAAAGAUAUACCAUCAAUGAUCGAAACCUUGGACGAAUAAUUACAAGAAUAUCAACAACAUUUAACACAGAAACCCAGCUGUGGCAAUUGGAAAAUUUCUUCGAGAGAAAUCCAGAUGCUGGAGCAGGAGAAACCCCAAGAAAGCAAGCACUCGAAACCGUUAGAAAUAACAUUGAAUGGGUUAAAGCUAACAAAGAUGGUAUCAAGGCCUGGCUGCAAGAAAAUGCUUGAACAUUCAACAGUCAAAAUUCUAAAUAUUUAUUAUGAAUGUGAAAACCAAAGAGGAGCUGAAAUUUAUCCUACAUCAUCCCAAAGGAAAAAUAUGGAAAUUACUGGCCAUGUUGGGUCUAUAUCAUAAUCAGUUUACUGGACCCAACAAGAAACCUCAAUUGAUAUCUGUGGCCAUCUAUCUAAAUGUUGUUUUUUAAUUUAUUAUUUCAAACAAUAAUAAUUACUAAAUAGUUUUGAAGGGUUCAUUAAAGAAUUCCUAUCAUUUUUCUUAAACCUUUUGACAUGUUAAAAGUUUUGAUCAGUAGACCAGUAACUAAAAUACAGGGGCUACAGAGCUCAGUUGAGCACUGUGACCCUAUACCUCUGAUCAAUUCUCUUUGGAGAACCAAGCAUUCAGUGUAUGGAUAAAUAGAAUGUCUCAUGGACUUUAUAUGAAUCUCUGUACGAAUCAAUCUCUUGUUUCUCUUAAAGGAAAGCUUAAAGGGGUACUCUGUUAGAAAAAAAUUCAAAUCAACUGGUGCCAGAAAGUUAAUCCUUCCAGUACAUAUAAGCUGAUGUAUGCUGACACCUCUGUCCAUAUCAGGAACAGUCCGGAGAAGGAGAGGUUUGCUAUGGGAAUUUGCUCCUACUCUGCACAGUUCCUGAAAUGUACAGAGGUGCGGGCAGAGAGCAAUGUUGUCAGACUUCCUCUGGAGCAUAUAACAGCUGAUAUGUCCUGGAAGCAUAAAGAUUUCUAAAUAGAAAUAAUUUAAAAACAUGUAUUUGAGUUUAUUUUCCCCAAUAAGAGAGCCUUAUCAGAAACAAAGGGGUACAAUGCUCUGCUGAGUACAUCUGCCCCUUUGUUUUAUGAUCUAGGUUUCAGCACCCAGACCCCCCAGUGAUCAAAAGUUUCUUAAAAUGGUUGUUAUCUUUUAAAGCCCUCUACUGCUGAACUACCACUUUAGGUACUGUAUAUCCUGUCACUAUUUUUUUAAAAUAGAAAUCAUGAAUAGAAUAGUAAUAUUGCAGCUUUAAAGGGGAUUUGUCAGCUUUCUAACAUGUCUGUUUUAGUUAAUACUUGUAUUUCCUAUAAAAUAAUAAUUCUGGAGGGUCUUUUCUAAGCUUUCUUGGGACAUUUAUCAUUUGCAUGAAAAUUUGCACAAUAUGUAUUUGCAUUUGUGCAGUUUUUCUGGUGGGUACUGUGUCAAAUCCAAGAAACUGGGAAAAAAACAUAAUUUGGGUGGAUUUCUAAAGGGAUGCGCAAAAGCGGAAAAGGCAAACAUCAUAGAACUUCAUAUAACCAAUGCCAACUAGGAAGUGGAGUGUACAAUUUUUUUAUGAGGAAAAUAUUUUUUUAUUGACGAUAAAUGUAAUGAAUCUUUUUUUGCACAUGCUAACCCAUAUACCCUCCAAGUGUGGACAAAGCAAGUUCUAACUACCAAAAUAUCAAGGAAAUCAUAAAUAAGGCACACAGCCUUCCAAGCUGGCAAAAACUAAGAGCGUGCCAAAAAAAAAAAAAAAAUUUAACAAUGAUAAUGUUCCACUCCUCUGUGUUGUGCUAUCCCUAACUUUCUUGGCACAAGUAGGCACAACUCUAUGGUAGGUGAGUGUUAUAUCAAUGUAUACACAGUUUGCAGCUUGAUGACCCCUAUCCAUAAACCCCAAUGGUUCGGACAUGAAAAUGGCACAGGCAGAAAGAAAAUGAGGUCUCGAUCAAGUGCUACUGUUCCGGAACAUAAAUGGAUGCGUCAGACGCCACAAUUGCAUAUAAACUCAACAAUGGACAACGCGUUUUGGCGCUCACACGAGCCUUCCUCAGGUCCCAAAAAAAAAACAUUUCUGAUGUCCUGAGCGGAAUCCAUGUGCUACUCUUGCAUAAGAAGCCUAGAAGAUCAACAAGCAGUACCGUGUUUCCAGGGGUACUCAACUGGUGGACCGCGGUCCAGAUCCGAACCGCGGACGCCAGUAAUGCUUCACACUACUCACUGCUACAGCCCCCCAUCCUCCACACUGCUACAGCCCCCCAUCCUCCACACUCCUGCAGCCCCCUCCCCCCCAUAAAUAAAUAAUGUUUUUUGUGACUAAACUUAAUAUAAGACCAGGUCUUAUUUUUGGAGAAACACAGUAUUUCUCAGCUCCAAGAUAAAAUAUUGAGGUAUCAAUAGAACUUAAAAUCUUAAAAAUUUGGGAUUUCUUGUUUAAAAAAUAUAUGGCUUGUACAUAAAUGUUAAUAGGGAUCUGAAAUCAUAUAAAGCUAUAAACAGCUCAAAUUUGGAUUUAAAGUUUAUUUUCCAAACAGUCUUAAAAUAAUUAUUUUCUUCUUCUUGUCUUAGGAUAAUUUAUAGACAAGAUCUAGUUAUUUUCCUUCAAAUUUGAUGUACAAAUUUUUAGUUUCCAUAAGAUUGUUUUGUACAUGAAAUCUAUUCUUUUUGAAUUGUCAGAUUUGGA